AUAAAUAUAAUAGAGAGUUCCGAUAUUUAUCACGUUGAAAACUGAUAAAUUCUAUCAGACUUAAUACAGAUUCAUAAGGAACAGGAAAUAGAGGUGAAGAAAAUGGCAAGCUCCUCUAGGAAGAAAGUAUUAGUAGGCUGCACUGGUAGCGUGGCCACGAUUAAGCUGCCGCAGUUGGUGGAAAUACUGCGACAGAACCAUCUGGAGGUCAGAGUAGUCGUGACGGAGAGAGCUAAACACUUUCUGAAGGAUGCUCAGCUACCGCCUGAGAUCCAGGUCUUAUCUGAUACAGUGGAGUGGGCAGCCUGGCAGGAUCGAGGUGACCCGGUACUGCACAUAGACCUGGUGAAAUGGGCAGAUGUGUUCGUGAUAGCGCCGUUGGAUGCCAACACCUUGGGCAAGAUUGCCAGCGGCAUAUGCGACAAUAUUGUUACCUGCGUGGCGCGUGCAUGGGACCCUGCAAAGCCGCUCCUCUUCUGUCCAGCUAUGAACACCAGGAUGUGGGAACAUCCGAUUACAAUGCCUCAAGUAUCGCUGCUUAAAUCUUGGGGCUACAAAGAAGUGCAUUGCGUGUCUAAAACGCUGAUGUGCGGCGAUACGGGGAUGGGUGCGAUGGCUGAGGUGGACACGAUUGUGCGGUCCACUUUGCGAGCUUUGAACCCCUGGAUGGACCAAUCGGAUUUGUGUCCCUAGCAGCGGCUGAGAGCGGCCUCUUCGUGUGAGUCUCGUCGACGACCUCAUGAGUUUCGAUGAGGCUCUCUUACGUCGAGAACGCAAUAUUGAGAUCUCCAAAGACGCGCUAUGGUGCGAUUCGAACAUACGCUUAGUAAGAUACACGCCAAUAUCGCUUAUCUCUAAUAAUAAAUAUCGGGACGAGCCUAUAAAGGCCUGGAUCUUUGGGAGCUGUAUACGUAUCAUGUGAUCACGUGUUUAUGUUUAUCGAUAAAAAUAUAUAUAAAUAAUUCUCGAAUUACAUUAUUUAUUGUGAAUUUUAUUGUUUUAUUUUUACAUGAACCAUGUGAGAUAAUUGUUAGUUAGAGAAAUUUAUGUAAGCACUCCGCAGAUAGCAAAGUCUGAGUUUGAACGCAUCAUGGUCGUCGUAUUCUUUGCUCAACCUGGAAUAAAUUAAUCAUACCGCGAGGAACAAAUGAGAUAAUCGUAAUUAUAUCUGUCCAGUUGCCGCAAAAUGCGAUAUAUAAAAAUGCUGUAUAAAAAAAAGAAAAGAUUCUGUUGACAUAUCCUAAAGUUGAUUCAGAAUGUACAUGCUUUUGUUAAAUAUAUGAACAAUAUAUAUGAAUGAUAAGCA